AUGGACGAGUUACAGCGACAAAAUCAAGAAAAUAUCCUUCUUAAAGAGGAAGUGGAAGGUCUUAAGUUGAAACACAAAGAACAAAAGUUGCUGUUGACUCAGCUAACGAGUACUAUGGGAGAACUGGUGAAGAAAAUUAAACUUGGACAGAGAAGUUGCACUUGUAGUACCCCGCAAGAGGAGCACCAUACAGUGCAUGUAUUGUCCGAGAAGGCAGCAGAAAUAGAGCCACCAGAUUCUGCACCAUCUACUUCUAGUACACUGGAGAAUGUCCAGACAUCCCCUAUAUCCAACACAGCUGUAUCACCGGAAGCCAAUUCUAAACCAGACAAGCUGGUCCAGACUUCUCAGGUAUCUGUGACACCGGCAGGCGUACCCUCAACGCUCACAACACCUGAGCAAGUCAAGACAUCACGGACACCGCUGACGACAGGUGUGCCACAAGUAAUGCACUCACAGGAUUCCUUACAAACCACUGACACAACAUCCGAAGACGAGACUGUGACGGAACAGGGAGUGUCGUCAGGUUAUGUGGCCGUUUACCCAAGAGACUGUCAGGACCUCAUGUCCUCCAAACCCAUGUUUAGUGGCCAGUACACCAUCUUCCCUGUUAACGCCUCCAAACCUUUCCGGGUCUACUGCCAGGUGGAGGAAGGCGCCGCCUGGACAGUCAUACAGAGACGUGAUGGGGGCAUGGUGGACUUCUACCGGGACUGGUCCGACUACAAGGCCGGCUUUGGGCGGCUGACCGACGAAUUCUGGAUCGGGAACGAACAUCUUCAUCAGCUGACCAGACAAGCGACAUACAAGCUGAAAAUUGACAUGUGGGAUUGGGCAGGGGAGUAUUACUACGCGGAGAGCAACUUCGUGUACGUGAGCGGCGAGAGUGAAUAUUACACUCUGUACGCACCUGACAAUUAUUACGCAUACAGCGGGUUUGGUGGAAGCGGACUCCGGGUGCAUAGGGGCUCUUUCAUGACGUUCGACCAUCAGGACCCGUCCAUGAUCAGUGACAACUGUGCACAGAAAUUCCACUGCGGAUGGUGGUUCACAACCUGUGUGCGUAAUGCUAACCUUAACGGCAGAUAUUAUUCUGGUGGGUAUGAAAACAUCUCCACUAAAUCUCGCAACAUUGACGAUAUAUACUGGCACAGUGUUGAACAGUCGCUGAAGAAAGUUGUGAUGAGAUUGUACAGGACGCAAGAUAUGCCUAAGAGAGUGAAGGGUUACAGAUGA